AUGAGUCGGGCGUGGGUGUGGGCUGAGAUUGCCUAUGGCGUGCUCAACCAGCCCACGAAUGCGACUGAGAUGUUGAUCAAAGGGUGCCAACUGGACCCGGCACUUGCAUUUCCGGUCCCGGCUUUGGCCUUGACUAGAGAAAGGGAGGAGGGAGUUGGAUCAGCGAAAUAUCACGCCGCCAAGCUGGAAUGCGGCCAUUGGGGCGAUUCUCGUGAGCAGACUCUUAAGGCGUCAUACCCCCAGUGGGCAUGCCAAGAUGAAUAUGACACGACCUCGGAAGGAUUCAAACUUUUACUUCCUACCUGCCUUCAAAAGACUUCAUUGCGUUUCAGAGAACGGCAUUUCUCGCCAAGAUUCACCACGAAUGCCUUCCUGGGGGACAGAAUCAAGAUUGGAAAUAUCCCAGUUACACCGUUAUGCCACUCGCCGCAGUCACAGGCUGAUCCCACCAGAUCGCAGAAACUCUUCAUCUCAAGUUCUGGCUCAGAGCACACAUACUCAUAUGUUGGACCGGAGAAAGAAAAGCCCGUGACGGCUGGCAAGACUUCUCCCGAGAACUUCAGUACUAAUAGCACCAUGACGGAUAUCAUAGCAGCAUAUUUCACCCUAGGUCCGACAACAUGGCUCUCAUAUCACGGCACCGUGUCCGCUGCUCUUGCUCCCGUCAACGAUGAGCGCCACGCCUCCAACACCGAAACGCCCGACACACGAAUCAAUACAGAACAACCUUUACGCGAUACUCAAUAG